AUGCCCUCGGGGCCCUCUUACAUGCCGCAGGAGGAUUGCACUCAACAGGCGAUGCAGCUUGUUUCCUCUGUGAUGAAUAUGUUAGAUGGUCAGAUUCCCGAGGAGAUGUGGGAGGAUAUUCAAGAGGAGCUUAUGCGAGUGAUCCAGCCUACUGCUACUUUUGCGAUGGUUUCUAGGCAAAUAAUGAAAUCUUGUAGAAGGCGGGUUCCUACUCGGGUGCAAAGCCAGAUUAUGAACUUCUUGGCCACUCAAAAGGCAUUUACUGGUAGUGGAGAGAGUAGCAGACAGAUUGGAGAUGAUACUAUUGGGAGCACGAGUCGUAGGGAUGGAUCCGCCAGUGGAAACGCGGACGAUGACAUGGAUAGAGCGGAUGACCUAUCAUAG